CCGGGUGGCACUUGGCCACUCCGAGGCUCUUGUUUUGGAAUGCCCAGGCUGACAGUGGCUGCUGGGCUCUGGGCAGAGCUGAAGGACACUUAUGAGCCCCACAUGCUGCUGUCCAUGGCUCUGUUAGGCUUGUAAUGGUUGCACAGUUCUUGGGAAGCACAAGUCCAGCUGUGUUUUGUCCCAGUGGGCUGCCAGAGUCCUGGAGCUCUUUAGAGCCACGUGCAGGUCCCUUGUGGUCUCUAGGGCAAAAUGAGGGGCCCCAGCCCUCUGUGCCCAGCCUGCAGCACUAGGCUUAGCAAGGAUAAAACCUGUUGCUGGUUUUGCUGGGAUGUCCUGGUCUGUGGCUGCCCUGGCAUGUGUCACCCCGGCCUGAGUCCUAUGCUCCUCCCUGUCCCCACGCCACUGGUGGUCCCUGCGGGGGUAGUGCAGGAUGCUGGGAUGGCGCGCUGGGAUGAGCUGUGUCUCAUCUCUGGUGCGCAGAGGGCACUGCUGAGCGCCCGCCCCCAGCUGGGACGUUGCUAACGAGGAAGCAAGGAAGGAAAAAAAACAAACCCUGGCUCAGCAAAGGAGGUACAAACCACCCAAGUCAAAUCACGUCUCCCAGCGUGGUGGCACAGGCAACACGGACUGCCCCCCAUCUGGAGGAAGCGUGGCAGCUGAGCAGACCGUGAUAACUCUUCUUGUCCCAGCAGCCUGUCAUGUCUGCAGAUAGUGGAACACCUCCAGCACACCCAUCCCUUUCCAUGGCCCCUGGCACAGCAGCAUAGUGUGGAGGCAGAUGGAUGGGCUGUGGUAGGAUGAGCCCUGUCCUGCUCCUGCUGCUGUCCCUGGCCAGCUUCUCCCUGCUCCAGGGGAUGCUACUGAGGCCACAGAACGUGAGGCUGGAGGCACAGAACUUCCACGUCUGCCUGCGCUGGGAGCCGGACCCCAGCUCACCCAGCUAUGCCACCUAUGAGGUGGAGUGGAGGAACAGGCACUACUGAGAGGAAGGCUCUAACGUCUUCUCCUGUUGAUAAGACCCCCCACCCAAAGUCACCUUUCUCUGAGGCUCAAGCUGUCACUACUCACUCAGUUUCCCUCAAACCACAGAGCCUCAACAGCCUCAACUCUUUGGUGGGUUCUCCCUGCCAUGGCUAUGUGUUUUCUCCUUGUGGAAAGCACAGGUCAGGGCGCAGUGCCAGAUGCCAUCUGUCCCCAGGAGGAAGUCAACUUGCGCUCCUCACACAUCCUGGGACGCUGUUGGCUGAUACUUGGGCUUUCCUACACUUUCCAACUGGGCAGGAUGGCAGUGGCUGGGCAGCCCUCCCUCUGGGCUGAGAAGAUGCUGAAAAGAAACAAUCCCUUUGCUUUCUCCCUGGGCAGAACCUCGAACUGGACCAAGGCAGGUGCCUGCGGGGGGAACAGCAGAAGCUCCUGGGUGUGUGAGCUGUAUUUUGACAGGAUUCAUGAUAUCUACUGGGCACGGGUGAGAGUGGUGGCCGGAGGUGAGCAGUCCGAGUGGGCCAGUUCCAGCGAGCUGCAGCUGUACAGAGACACAGUUGUUGGCCCCCCCAGGUUGUCCUGGCUGCUCCAGGAUCAAAUCCUCAGCAUAAACAUUAUCACACCACCCACCCCCUACCAGAGAAGAACUGGUUCCUACAAGCCAGUCGACCGAGUUCUGCUGAAGCUGUGGUAUUGGCUGCAGCUGUACGACGGGGACGUGCUUGUCCAGCAGGUGCCUUGCAAACAGAGCAGGGAGAAAGUGCCUUGCACCUUUGGGCACCUGAAGCCCAGCACACAGUACUGUGUGCGGACGGUGGCUGCAGCCAUUGCCAGGGAGCGGAGCCGGGAGGUGGAGCAGUGCCUGGUGACUCCGGCAGGCCCUGCAGGCUUUCCAUGGGUUCCUGCUGUGCUGAGUGCCGCCUUCCUGCUGCUGCUACUAAGUGUGGCCGGGUUCUGCCUCAUGCAGCUGCACGUCUUUGCCAUUUCUCCGGCGACGCGCCUCCCAAAAGCACUGGCCCUCCAGAACAGCGAGCUGAGUGUGGCCAUACAGGUGCCUCCCCUCCUGCUUGAGGAGGACCCACUGGCCCUGCUCCUGCAGACUGUGCUCCCCUCCCACGGGCCAUCCACAGCUGGGCAGGCAUCAGCCAUGGUCCCACAGCUCCUCCAAGGCCUUGUCCAGGAUGUGACUGGCUACUGUGCCAAUGGGUUUGGCCCAGACUGCCCUGAAGGAAGGGACCCAUCCUGCACCCACAGCCAGCUGGGGCACACCUUGGGUUCUCAGGUCCCCUCACAGCUGGAGAAACAUGGGGAGGCAGGUGAUGGGGAUGAUUUGCCAGAGCAGCUGGUACUAGUGGGACUGACUGGAAACGGCUACACAGGUGACAGGGACAGUCAGAUACCUGAGAUAUGGCUCCCCCUGCACUUCCAGCUUUAUUCUAAAUGCCAGCGCCCGGUCCUGGGAGCAGGCAGCCACCUUCCUCUGCCCGUGCCAAGCAGAAGCUGCAGUCGGGAGUACCUGCAGGAGAGUCUUGGCACGGCUGGGCACUGGAUCCGGCUCAGCUCCGUGAAGCUCUCGGCCGAUGUGGAGGAGGGAAGGCAGCUCUUCAGUGCUCCUCAAGCCCUGCUUGGCGGCGGGACUGAGCCAGAGCUGCGUGACAGCGCCGUGCAGCCAAACUGCUCAGACCAGGCAGAACCGUGCGUCUCCAGGCCUUGCCCGCUGCCCCCCUCGCCCUGCAGCGUUCUGCGUGCAGUCGCCUUCUCCGGCUACGAGCCCCGUGCCCCCUCUGGCACCUCGGCAGCCUCCUGCUCCCAGCAGAGCCUCCCGGAGCUCCGCAGCCGUGACGCCUGGCUGUCCCAACAUGUUGGUUCCGGGCUGGGGAUGGGACUGGGGCUGGCUCCCUCGGACAGGCUGCGGCAUACUCCAGGCACGCCCGCCAAGGAUGGGCGGGAUCCGGAGCUUCCCUCUGGAGUUGGGUGCUCUUGAGACACAGCAUAAGGAGCACGCACCAAAGCUGAAGCUCCAAAACUCUUAUCUAUCUGUCUGUGUGUGUGCAUGUGUGGUACAGUACCUAUACUAAUGUAACACUCAUAUAUACAUAUAUAUUUAUAAAGCUCUUUAAUAAAAAAAUGUUGGGGUUUUUACGUCUGUGACAUCUGUUACAUUUUUACAUCUCUUGAUUGUAUACUGGA